AGAAACCGGAAGCCCGUGGUGACCCCUGGCGACCCGGUUUGUUUUCAGUCGGUUUCCAAACACUAAGGAAUCGAAACUCGGCGGCCUUGGGGGCGGCCCUACGUAGCCUGGCUUCUGGGUUUUAGAGUCAGAGUUUCAUUUGAAUCCUACUCUACCCACUCUUCAUUCAGCAAUCAAUAUUUAUUGGGCAACUUCUACACAGUGCUGUCAUGGAUACCCUGGUAGAAGAUGAUAUCUGCAUUCUGAAUCAUGAAAAAGCCCAUAAGAGAGAUACAGUGGCUCCAGUUUCAAUAUAUUCAGGAGAUGAAUCUGUUGCUUCUCAUUUUGCUCUUGUCACUGCAUAUGAAGACAUCAAAAAACGACUUAAGGAUUCAGAGAAAGAGAACUCUUUGUUAAAGAAAAGAAUAAGAUUUUUGGAAGAAAAGCUAAUAGCUCGAUUUGAUGAAGAAACAAGUUCGGUGGGACGGGAACAAGUAAAUAAGGCCUAUCAUGCAUAUCGGGAGGUGUGCAUUGAUAGAGACAAUCUGAAGAGCAAACUGGACAAAAUGAAUAAAGACAACUCUGAAUCUUUGAAAGUAUUGAAUGAACAGCUACAAUCUAAAGAAGUAGAACUCCUCCAGCUGAGGACAGAGGUGGAAACUCAGCAGGUGAUGAGGAAUUUAAAUCCACCUUCAUCAAACUGGGAGGUGGAAAAGUUGAGCUGUGACCUGAAAAUCCAUGGUUUAGAACAAGAGCUGGAACUGAUGAAGAAGGAAUGUAGCGAUCUCAAAAUAGAACUACAGAAAGCCAAACAAACGGAUCCACAUCAGGAAGACAAUCUGAAGAGCAGAGAUCUCCAAAAACUAAGCAUUUCAAGUGAUAAUAUGCAGCAUGCAUACUGGGAACUGAAGAGAGAAAUGUCUAAUUUACAUCUUGUGACUCAAGUACAAGCUGAACUACUAAGAAAACUGAAAACCCCAACUGCAAUCAAGAAAGCCUGUGCCCCUGUAGGAUGCAGUGAAGACCUUGGAAAAGACAGCACAAAACUGCACUUGAUGAAUUUUACUGCAACAUACACAAGACAUCCCCCUCUGUCACCAAAUGGCAAAGCUCUUUGUCAUACUGCAUCUUCCCCUUUACCAGGAGAUAUAAAGAUUUUAUCAGAGAAAGCAAUCCUCCAAUCAUGGACAGAUAAUGAGAGAUCCAUUCCUAAUGAUGGUACAUGCUUUCAGGAACACAGUUCUUAUGGCAGAAAUUCUCUGGAAGACAAUUCCUGGGUAUUUCCAAGCCCUCCUAAAUCAAGUGAGACAGCAUUUGGAGAAACUAAAAGUAAAACUUUGCCUUUAUCCAACCUUCCACCACUGCAUUACCUGGAUCAACAUAAUCAAAACUGCCUUUAUAAGAAUUAAUUUGGAAGAGAUUCAUGAUUUGACCAUGAGGACACUUAUCUCUUUCAGUGGUUCUCCCAAUAUUUAAGGAACUGAAAGGGGAUUUUGAUUAAAAUUUUGCAGUUCUUCAGUAUCUGUAUUUGAACAUACUGUACAAGAUGUACAAAAACCAACAUAGUUGGUUUUCUAGUAUGAAGGAGCACCCUCUAGCUCUGUAUUCUAAGAAUCCAAAAUAUGCUACUGUACUAAUAAAUAAACUUAAGAUGUUUAAAAAAGAGAAGUCUCCUUUUGAUGACAAUUGUUAAAUUUUGCCUCUGAAAUAAAAGAAUGGAAUUGGAGAUUUUAGAUGUGGUUUUACAAAGUGUAUGAAAUGGCAAAAUAUCUGUUCAUAAAAAUAAAAGGAAACUGUAUGUUGCUUCAAAUUGCAUAGUGGAACAAAUGGCAGUGCGAAUAGGUUACAUUUCUGUUGUUAAAUGCAUAAAGAUAUGGAAAAUAUAAUGAAAUAAAAGCUUCAUAGGUUAUACCACCUUUACAUGCUACUGUGUUUCAAUGUUUAAGAUUUAAAGUGAUUUCUUAGUGUUUUGUUGAUAAAAUUUUAGAAUUGCAGUUUGAAUUCUAAGAUGUGAAAUAACAUAAUCAUUGAAGCCAACAUUGUCCCAGUACAUUCCAUAAGUCCUAACUGAAAAAAAAAUGAUGAUGAAAUAGUUGAAAAACUCUGUGAGGUGUAAACAUAUGAUUGUAACUCCAUACACCAUUCAGUUAGAAGUAGAAGGAGCAUUCACACAGGUUUCAGUCUAAUCUGCCACUUCAGUAGGCCAUUAUAUAAACCUAAAUAUGUGUGUAAUGAUAAAAAAGUCAUUUUCUUCAAAGGGUCUACAGCUGCUUGUUAGGUAGAGCAGCUUCUAAAUUGUUAGACCUUGUGUUGAAAUGUAAUAUAUUUAUUGAGAAAGUGGCUUUAGGAGUUUUAAUCACAGAAAUCAAAUGUUGGGCUGUAUCGAUAUUACCAAUCAUGAAAUGUCCACACUUAUUCUAAGCGGCCAAGUACUUGUAAACAAAGGAGGAAAUAACAAAGAUGGCUUCAAAUGGAAAUUUAUUUAAGUUCUUUCAGGGUGGAGAUUUACUUGGUUAAUACACUUUUUGCCUGAGUUAAAGUAUUUUAUGUAGAAGGACUUUAUCCGUUUUGAUAGAGUUUCAUAUAUCUUAUACUCAAAAGAAUAUCUCAGAUCUCUUAUACUGUAUUACUGAAUAGCAUACAUACAUAAGACAAUGUUCACCAUUCACCAGAUAUUUUUAUCUUUCCAUUAUCUUACACUUAUUCAAGCUUGUCUGUGAUUAAUGGAAUUGGUGUCAGAUGCUGGAAUUUAUUCUGACCAAUGAACACAGCUGACUCAGGGGAGUACAAUCUCCUGCCAAGUAAUAGAACCAAACCCAAUAUGCAUAAAACAAAUACAAUACUCCAGGCUUUAGCUGAAGGAAGCAACUACCUGUGUAAUAACAAAGCAGCAAAAACUAUUUCUCAUGUGACUGCAUAGGUUGUAUAUUAUAUCUGAUCUUUAAUGUAGCUUACUGGUUUGCCUUUUUUAAAAUCAAAAUUGGAAAUUUUCCUUUGUAAAGAAAAAACGUCUUAUAAUUGCUUGAUUAAUGUUUUGAACAAUACUAAGAAAUUGUUUAAUUAAAAUAAAUUAUUUUUGUUGAAAUUGAA